UUGCGCCAGGCGGGGCCGAGUCUGGCUGGGUCCCUGGCACCUCGGCGCCCAGAGGCACAGCCAACGCAGGAACCGAGCCGGGGUCCCGGCGUCGCCGCUAUGGACAUCCCGCCGCUGGCGGGCAAGAUCGCUGUUCUAUCGCUGGGCGCCCUCCCGUUGUCCUUCGCGCUCAACUAUGUCUCCGUGCUCUCGUACCCCCUGGGGGUGGUGUUGAUGAGCACCCUGAUCCUGGGUCUGCUCUCCUUGGCAAUAUACAGCUUGUCCCGAAGUGACAUCUAUUAUGACCCGCUCUAUGCUGUCUUCGCGGUCUUCGCCUUCACCUCCGUGGUGGACCUCCUUAUUGCUCUCCAGGAAGACGGCUACAUGGCGGGUUUCAUGGCGUUCUACACCAAGGAGGGUGAGCCGUACCUGCGCACGGCGCAUGGAAUUUUCAUCUGCUACUGGGAUGGCAUCGUUCACUACCUCCUCUACCUGGCCAUGACUGGUGCCAUCCGUAAAAGGAAGAGUUACCGGAACCUUGGACUCUACUGGCUGGGAUCCUUCAUCAUGACCAUCCUAGUGUUCCUCCCAGGAAACAUCCUUGGCAAAUACAGUUCAGAGAUCAGGCCUACAUUUUUCCUCACCGUUCCUUUCGUGCUGGUCCCAUGCUGGGCUGGCUUGAGGGUCUUCAGCCAGACCCAGGUGCCAACCUGCUGCACUCCCAACAUGGUGGAGGAGGCCCAAAGAAAGGGCCUUCUGCGGCGCCCAGUUGACCUGGCCCUCAUCAUCUACCUCAUCUUUGCUGCAUUCUUCACCCUCUUUCGGGGCCUGGUGGUACUUGACUGCCCCAUGGAUGCCUGCUUUGUCUACAUCUAUCAGUAUGAACCAUACCUGAGAGACCCUGUGAGCUACCCAAAGGUGCAGAUGCUGGUGAAUAUGUUUUAUGUGCUGCCUUUCUAUGGCCUGGCCAUCUAUGCCCUCAUCUUUCCUGGAUGCUCCUGGCUGCCUGACUGGGCCUUGGUAUUUGCUGGAGCCAUUGGCCAGGCACAGUUCUCACACAUGGGGGCCUCCAUGCACCUGCGCACGCCCUUCACCUACCGUGUGCCUGAGGAUGCCUGGACCAGCUUCUUCGUGUGUAACCUACUGUAUGCUCUGGGCCCCCACUUGCUGGCCUUCCGUUGCCUGUGGCGCCCCGCUUUCUUCCUACGCCCCCCUCCUGGGCCCCCAGCCAACCAUGAGAAGCAGCACUGAGGGGGCCAUGGGACCCCCCCCAAGACUCUGUUUACAUGCCCAGCCAGCCCUGUCCUUGGAAGGGGGGGUUGGGCUUUUUUAGAGACAGGAGGUGUGUUUCUGGGUGCCUUCAGUUCUGGCUAUGGUGAUUUCAGGCCAGUGGGUGGGAUGGGGGUGCCCAACGUCCAGGUGUUUCAGCAGAGAGGGCCACAGACCCUCAGCUGUCACCUAACCCAAACUCCACAUAGGCACCCUCCCUAUCCAUUAUCCCCCCAAUAGAUCCUUUUAGUAAAAGUCCUUUAGAUGAAUAAAA